AAUAAAAAAUCCUGAGUGUUUUAUUUAGCUAUCUCUCUCUCUGCUUCUGUCUCUGUUACCUCUCUCUCUCUCUCAUUUCUAUUUUUGAUGUUCUUGUAGAGAGAAUCUCUCAAGGUUUUGCUCUCAGAUUUGAAAACUCGUGAAAUCUGAUCAACCAAUCCCUAUACCACUUUCCUUCCUCCGGUCAUUUCCGGUUCAGAAUCCACAUUAACCGUAAUCCGAGAAACAGUUAAACCCUAGAUUCGAUUCAAAAAACCAAAUCUAACUGCCAUUUUUCUCAGAUCUCUGGAGAAAAGUGGGAGUGAUGAGUCUAUGAUGCAAGAGUCGCUUCAUAGCGAAGCCAUCGAAGAAGAAGAAGAAGAAGCUAGUGAAGUGUUACUAAACGGCGUCGUUGAGAAGAGACGAGACGACUCAUUGCUACUGUCAGCUAAGCCUCCUCCCACCAUGACGCGAUCGAGAUCUCAAGUAGCCACGCGGCGCGUGACGCCGACGCCGCCCGCCCUGGAGAUCGAGAAGCCGCUGCCGAACGGGGAUCUCUACAUCGGGAGCUUCUCGGGAGGGUUCCCGCACGGAUCGGGGAAGUACCUGUGGAGCGACGGGUGCAUGUACGAAGGCGAUUGGAAGCGAGGGAAGGCCUCGGGGAAAGGCAAGUUCUCGUGGCCGAGCGGCGCCACCUACGAGGGAGAGUUCAGGUCCGGGAGGAUGGAAGGGUUCGGGACGUUCACCGGCGCCGACGGGGACACGUACAGAGGAACCUGGGCGGCGGAUCGGAAGCACGGCCACGGGCAGAAGCGUUACGCCAACGGAGACUUCUACGAAGGCACGUGGAGGAGGAAUCUCCAGGAUGGGAGGGGGAGGUACGUGUGGAGAAACGGGAAUCAGUACACAGGAGAGUGGCGAGGUGGAGUGAUAUCAGGGAAAGGGGUGUUGGUUUGGCCUAACGGAGACCGUUACGAAGGAUUGUGGGAGAACGGGGUUCCCAGAGGGAGUGGGGUGUUUAGUUGCGUUGAUGGGAGCUCUUGUGUCGGGGCGUGGGAUCAGAGUAAUGUGAUGAGGAGGUUCUUUGACGGUGGGGUUGAGAGGAGUGGUUUGGUUGUUGCGACGAGGAAGAGGUCUUCGGUUGAUAGUGGAGGAGGGAGUUUGGGUGGGGAGAAGGUUUUCCCGAGGAUAUGUAUUUGGGAGUCUGAUGGAGAAGCUGGGGAUAUCACUUGCGAUAUUAUCGAUAACGUUGAGGCGUCGAUGAUUUAUAGGGAGAGGUUGUCUGUUGAUCGUGUUCGUCAGUUUAAGAAGAAUCCUUGUUGGUUUAACGGUGAGGCGAAGAAGGCUGGGGAGACUAUAUCUAAAGGGCAUAAGAAGUACGACUUGAUGCUGAACUUGCAGUUAGGGAUAAGGUACUCUGUUGGGAAACUUGCGUCGGUUGUAAGAGAGCUUAAGGAGACUGAUUUCGAUCCAAAGGAGAAGUUUUGGACGAGGUUUCCGCCGGAAGGUACUAAGACUACACCGCCGCAUCAAUCGGUUGAUUUCCGGUGGAAGGAUUAUUGUCCUUUGGUGUUCAGACGUCUCAGGGAUCAUUUCCAAGUGGAUCCAGCUGAGUAUAUGGUAGCUAUAUGUGGAAACGAGGCUCUUAGGGAGUUAUCUUCACCUGGAAAGAGUGGAAGCUUCUUUUACCUAACUCAAGAUGAUAGGUUUAUGAUCAAGACUGUGAAGAAAUCGGAAGUCAAGGUGCUUCUGAGAAUGCUUCCAAGCUACUACAAACAUGUCUGUCAAUAUGAAAACUCCCUCGUGACUAGAUUCUACGGUGUUCAUUGUGUGAAACCCGUUGGUGGCCAAAAGACUCGGUUUAUCGUCAUGGGAAACUUAUUCUGCUCCGAGUAUAGAAUCCAGAGACGGUUUGACCUCAAAGGGUCUUCCCAUGGACGCAGUACAGCAAAGCCUGAAGGGGAGAUUGAUGAGACCACUACUCUAAAGGACCUUGAUCUCAAUUUUGCUUUCCGUCUUCAGAGAAACUGGUAUCAAGAGCUUAUGAAGCAAAUAAAACGAGACUGUGAGUUCUUGGAAGCGGAGAGAAUAAUGGAUUAUAGCCUUUUAGUUGGUGUUCACUUCCGUGAUGACAACACAGGAGAAAAGAUGGGGCUUUCUCCAUUCGUUUUGAGAUCUGGUAGGAUAGAUUCAUAUCAGAAUGAGAAAUUCAUGCGUGGUUGUCGCUUCCUCGAGGCUGAACUUCAAGACAUGGACCGGAUUUUAGCUGGCAGGAAACCAUCCAUAAGAUUAGGUGCCAACAUGCCAGCGAGAGCGGAACGAAUGGCCAGAAGAAGCGACUUUGAUCAGUAUACACCAGGAGGAGGAGGAGCUAACUAUCCAUCUCACGGUGAGAUGUAUGAAGUGGUGCUCUACUUUGGAGUCAUUGACAUCUUGCAAGACUACGACAUAACCAAAAAGAUUGAGCAUGCUUACAAGUCGUUACAAGCGGAUCCUGCUUCCAUCUCAGCCGUUGAUCCUAAACUCUAUUCCAAGAGGUUCAGAGACUUCAUCAGUAGGAUCUUCAUCGAAGACGGCUAAAGAGUGAUGAUGAUCUGAGAAAGGCUAAUAAUGGAUUUUACUAACAUUUCUCGGCUUCUUCAAAUGGGAUGAUGCGCCAAGAAGGAUAAAAAGGUAAUCUCGAAGAUAGAAGAAAGCGACUUGGAGUUUAAAGCGACUUGGAGUUUUUAAUUUAUUUCUUUUUGAGAUAAUUAGUCAAAAAGUUUUGGGGGUUGGGAGAAGCUUUAUCUAUUUUUGUGGUGAGCGAUAUAUUUGUAUAUGUGAAUAUAGAUUGUGAAGGUUUAAGUACAUAGUAACAAUGGAAAACAAAAUUGAAAUUGGGUUUUGGUAAA